UAUGAAGACAGUAGUGGAAAUCUCCAUUUUGUUGUCCCUCUGGGGGACGGUGAUGUCACACCUCUGUCUGGUCACUCCCAUGCAACGGGGGGACAUGGACAUACAGAAGAGCGGAAGCCCCACUUGUUUCCGUCACGGUGCCCCGUGUGGUGGAGAGAAUCCUAGUUCGGGUCCUUUUGAAACCUUUACUGGGGGCCAGCAGGUGUUUAUUAAAUGGCUACAGAAUUUUAACCAUUAUGAAAUUGGAUAUCCAGGGUACAUGGAUGUGUCUCUGGCCCCCUACAAUUCCGAUGAUUGGCAGGUGCUGGCCUUUGCCCCUGAUGAAUAUGUAUAUAAUCAGGACCACCAACAGAACUACACAGCGUUCGUGGUACUGCCAAACAAAGCAUGCGAGCACUGUGUUCUGCGGGCUCGAUAUGAGUCCCAUAAACCCGGGGAGCAGACAUUCUACCAGUGCGCCGACAUCUCCAUAAAGGAAUCGCCAAAAAUCCCCACCAAAGUCAGCGAGCCUGUUACCGCUCUGUUACAGCACACAGAAUACCAAAGAGCCUUCAAAAAGUAUGCAAUGAUCACCAAGGACGCACUCAAUGACGUCAACUAUGACGUGUCUUUGAGGGGCUUCGCUUAUUCACCGUUUGAUCCCAACACUUUGUUCAUUGUGAAUGUGACAUUAGAUGGUUUAAUACACCCAUUUGGAAAGUUUGACAUGCGCGUUGACUUACAAAUAAAUAAAAACAUAAACAAAACACAACGCAGUUUAAUCAUCAAUGAAAUAGUUAAAAAAAGGGAACUUUCUCCUAGUUUUAUUCUCGAUUCUAUGGUUACUGUGAACUAUUGGAAUAAUUUAGUUGUGAUGUACAACGCUCUGGGUGAUUAUGACAAGCCAACGCCUAUGCUGGCUGAGUUUGACACGCAUCAAGGUACUAUGAGCUCGUCACACAUCGAGGAAUUUGAUGGGAGUCCCAUCAAUGCAUUACUGUCAAAUCAGGACGGUACUUACUACACCUUCAGCAUUGAGAAUGCGGGUCAAAAAGGUUACAAUUUUGUUGUCGGACAACUUUAUUUGAUCAAAAAUACCUUGCCCUACCACUUCCGGAAGUUAAUAUCAAGUGGACCGGAACCUCUCUAUGUGAACUAUCAAUGGGCUGAGCUGGAUAUGGAGAGACAACUUUUGUUUGUGCUGAUGGGCAACGAGAAUAGUCCUGACCGGCUGCUGGCCAAACUCUACACAUAUGACAUCAAGAAAAAAAAUCUCUCCAGUAUUGUGGAUCUGAACGUUGAGAUGUACGCAUACAUGAAUUUUCACUACUACAGAAAAACAGGCAUGUUGUAUGCUGUAUCGCCAGGGAUCUUUUAUACUCUUCGCUAUCCUUUCUACAGCCUGAUUGAAAUCAACCCGGCUACCGGAAAAAUCACCCGCUCAUUCAAGUUCGCAGACUGGGGUUACUUUCGGGGUUACUUUGGAGGCGCCGUGUUUGGUGGCCUAGAUCAAGACACUGGCAUCCUGUACCACGUGAUGACCAUGCAGGACACUAAUGCUGAAGUCAUCGCUAGUAUUGACGUCAACAGCGGAAAAGUGACGUACUCACAGAUGACGAAUCUGAAGCACGUGCAUAACCUCGCACUAACAAACAACAAAUUCAACGGAAAAUAAGUUUCUCCUAGUA